CCCAGGGAACUUCACACGUGUUGCAAUUCUCGUUCGUUUAACAUUGAAAGGUUAUGUUUAUAUAUCGAAAGUGAAUGUUGUGACAGUGUUUUAUUGUUAAUAUUCAAUUAUUUAUUUUUUGUUUCAAGUGAAUAUUUGUAAAAUUGUUACAAAUGACUGUUCCGGAAAUGGAUAUUUGUUUAAAUAUCACUACAAACGUGGUGAACAAUACAAAUGAUAAUAAAAAAAAGAAAAAUACUUCUUCUCAAGUAAAUGCAAAAAAUUCAAAAAGAGAAAAAUUGUCAAAAACAAAUCGUUCAUUACAGCAUUCAGAUGGUUUGAUAAAUAAACCAAAAACAAGAAUUAAACAAAAAUCACUUGCUGCAAUUGUUGCAAAACAAGUAGGACAUAAUUUAAAUAAAAAGAAAGUUAAUUUUUUGAUUGAUAAAAAAAAUUCCAUUGAUGUUAAUUCAAUAAAAAACAAUGAGAAAAUUACUUCUCAAUCAAAUGUCAGGAAAGAAAAAUUAGAUUCACAAAAUAUCGUACAAUUUGUUAAAAAUAAAAAUGAAAAUGAAAUUAAAGCCACAGUGAUAAGAAAAAAAAAUGUCAAUUUAAAUAGUGAGAAGAAAUCUCUCAGUGAUGUUUUUUCAACGAAUUCAGAAAAAGUAGAUUCUGAUAAUAGUUCGAUAUUCAAAUUUGGUAAUUUAUCAAAAAAUAAUAAUGACGAUUUGCAAAUUUCCGCUUCAAAUUUCAAUGAAAACGAAUGUUUCAAAAAUAAAAAGAAUUUUCACGAACAGAAACAAUUAAAGUUUGACUUUAAGAGAAAUAAACAACAAAAUGACAGACAGAAUAAAAAAUUCAAGGGAAAAGACGAACGUAUAAUGCACAAACCAAGUGGUAAAAUUUCUUCUCUUUUUGGUAAUAAUCCAGAAGUACCAAAUAUUGGACAAAGAUAUGUAAAGCCAGUUCAAGAAAAUGUAUUUUCUGGUAUCAAUUUUAGUGAUCUCGACAUUCAUCCAUAUUCGGUUUCCAAUUUAGAGCAAAAUAUGCAAAUAACUAAAAUGACCACUGUGCAACAAAAAGGAAUUCCCGUGAUUCUUUCCGGUAAAGAUGUUUUAAUCAGAUCACAAACAGGUUCUGGAAAAACGCUAACCUAUUCUUUGCCUAUUAUUGAAUUAUUGCAAAAAAUUACACCGAAAAUUACAAGAAACAGUGGAUUGAAGGCACUUGUUGUUGUGCCAACAAGAGAACUCGCUUUACAGACUUACGAAUGUUUUCUAAAACUAGUAAAACCUUUUAUGUGGAUUGUACCUGGAUAUUUAGUUGGGGGAGAAAAACGAAAAGCCGAAAAGGCACGAUUAAGACGUGGAUGUAAUAUUUUAGUCGCAACACCUGGACGAUUAUUAGAUCACAUUAAGCAUACAGAAGCUUUAAAAUUAAACGAUGUCUCUUACUUCGUCCUGGACGAAGCUGAUCGCAUGCUCGAUAUGGGAUACGAAAAAGACAUUUCCGGAAUCGUUAGUGCCUUAAAAAUGAGUUCAUCUGAUCCAAAAGAGACGGGAUACGAUCCUCUAAAAAUGUUGCGUGAAAAUGUUAUAAAGAAAUUUAGUGAUGAUACGGAAGAAGCAGAAGAGGAAAAUGUGGAUUUAAAGAAUAUGGAUGAUAAAGAAGAAGAAAAUGUUGAUGUUAAAAGAGUUUAUAAUUCUGGAUCAGAAAUGGAUUCUGAAAAUGAGGAUUAUUUUGUGGGAAAAAAUAGAAAAACGAUUAAAGAAAAACAAUCAAAUUUAAUGUCAAUAGAUAAUCGAGAAAUUGUUGAUGAUUCGCCUUCUGAUUUGAAUCAAUCAACAAGACAGACAAUUUUACUUUCUGCUACUUUAACACAAGCUGUGGAAAAACUCGCUGGUCUUACAAUGAAAAAUCCCACUUUUGUCGACGCUGCGAAAGAGAAUUUGGAAUUAUCUGGCGAUAAUUUAAGUGACAUAAAUGAAGAUCUAAUUGUUCCCCAAAGUGUCGUUCAAAGUUACAUUAUCACUCCUCCAAAACUGCGACUUGUCAGUUUGAGCGCUUUUAUCCGGGGGAAAUGUUUGAGUUCUGGACAGCAUAAAAUACUUGUAUUUAUGGCAACACAAGAUAUGAUUGACUAUCAUACAGAAAUUUUAAAUUUGAUUUUAUCGAAACCAGAAGACGAUGAUGAUGAAGAUUCUGAUCCACUUGUGGAUGUUGAAUUUUUCAAACUCCAUGGAAGUAUGUCUCAAAAAGAAAGAACUGAGGUAUUCAAGACGUUUAAAAAGGCAAACAGUGGCGUCCUAUUUUGCACAGAUGUUGCAGCACGAGGGCUUGAUUUGCCAAAGGUGGACUGCGUUGUUCAGUACACAGGACCAUUAUCAGCUAGAGACUAUGUUCACCGAAUUGGCCGAACAGCACGAGCCGGUUCAUCGGGAACGGCGACAAUAUUUCUCACACCACCAGAAAUUGAAUUUGUCCGUAUGCUGGAAUCACGACGUAUUAGAAUCAAGCAGGACGAUAUGAAUGAUGUGCUGGCAAAAUUAUUGGGUCAUCUAUCAAAAUAUCGUUCACAAGAAGCGGCGGCCAUUGCACUUCAAAAUGAAUUUGAAAAUCUUGUUCACGAGAACAAAAGAUUACACGAAAAGGCCUGCAAGGCUUACAUUUCGUGGAUACGAUUUUACGCAAGUUAUCCACGUGAAAUGAGAGAAAUUUUCGAUCGUAAGGAACUUCAUUUGGGCCAUUAUGCGAAGAGUUUUGCUCUAAGGGACCCACCACAAAAAAUUAGUGGAAUUGGAAAAACUAUUCGCGAAAAGGAAGGUACAAAGCAACAACACAACAACAGACUGGCGAAUGAAAGGCCUGCAAGGAUGCCGCAAAGGAAGCAAACUGGAGGAAUUGGCACUAAAACUGGAUCUUUAAAGAAAGUCCGAAUGCUCAAUACAUCCGAAUUCGACAGCGGACUGCCACCUACUAAAAAAUCAAGAAAAUCUUAAAUUUACUUCAUCAAAUUUUCUGGGUACAUGUUUUUAUAAUAUUUAUACACUGAAAGAAGUCUAAUUUUUUUUUCAUCUCGAUGAAAAUUUAAAAAAUCCGAAAAAUGUCUUUCUACUGCAAAUAAUGAAAAACGAUUUCUAUUUUAAAUUCUAGAAUUCUAGUACCUAUUUUGAUUUCUAAAAUUAUACAAAUCAUUGAUUUAUGUGUAAAUAAAUUGAGUAUGUAAUAUUUCAUUAUUGAAGGGGAGAAAAUAUAUAUUUAUGAAAAGAAAGA